UAUUUCCCUGAACUUUGUGCUUCCCUGGUGUGCUAAUGCUCUGUCUUGCUUGAUGCCAGUGAUCUUAAUAGCCUACCUAACCGAGGUGAGUGUUCCAAUAUGGUCUAAAUGAUCCCUAGAACUCCAACUUUAGCUUCUACUACACCAAAGCCCCAGAUUACACCCUCACCACCCCAACAAGCCAAGGCCCCAGUGAGACAAGGCUACCAUACAAACCUCAGAAACAUAUACGCCGUCCUGAUCCACAACGCGCAGAACCCACGUCCAACCCAAAUUCACCUCAGAAAACACCACCGGAAGAAUACGCAACCCAUCCACCAUCCUGUCAGCCCGUAUACGAAUCCCAGUCCACGCACCCACAUACAUAUACGCACACACCCAAGCCAACCCCAUCAGCCCAUCAGCCCACCACGUGGAAUCCUUCAGCCAAGCCAACGACAUCCCGAAAUACGCUCUGCGUAAAAGCAGACCCUAAUCCAUCCCGCACCAGAUCUCACAACAUCCCCAAACCCAGACAGACAGACGGUAGUAAUUUUCAAAAUCGCAACACGAACCCAACCCAGCCCCAAACAUCUCCUA